UNUCAACCAUUUUCUUCCUUUUCUGGUCUUCACUGAGAAGACAUCGACACGUGUUGUCAGAGAUUCAAGUCUUGAACCAUCAAAAUGACCACAGCCGCGUAUCGGCCUUUGGUUAGUGUCUACACCGAUAAGAGCGAGAGUUCUGGUGUUUCGGUGAAACUUCCGGCGGUCUUCAGAGCACCCAUUCGUACGGAUGUCGUGAACUUCGUGCACACAAACGUCCGCAAGAAUAAGAGACAUCCAUAUGCUGUCUCUCGGGAGGCCGGCCAUCAGACGAGUGCCGAGUCCUGGGGAACGGGUCGAGCCGUGGCUCGUAUUCCUCGAGUCCGAGGCGGCGGUACUCACCGUUCAGGUCAGGGAGCCUUCGGUAAUAUGUGUCGCGGCGGACGUAUGUUCGCACCGACGCGCACGUGGAGACGUUGGCACCGAAGGGUGAACCGCAAUCAGCGCCGGUAUGCUAUUGUCUCGGCUAUUGCUGCGUCGGGCAUCCCAUCAGUGGUUAUGAGCAAAGGUCAUCUGAUCGAAGAAGUGCCGGAAUUCCCGUUAGUGGUGUCCGAUAAGAUCCAGGAGUACAAUAAGACCAAACAAGCCGUUCAGUUCUUGAGGAGUAUUAAGGCCUGGAAUGACAUCGAAAAGGUCUAUAAGUCGAAGCGAUUGAGAGCCGGAAAGGGAAAGAUGAGAGACAGACGUCGCGUCCAAAGACUCGGACCCGUCAUUGUCUACGGCAACGACUCGGGACUCACGAAGGCUUUCCGUAAUAUUCCAGGAAUCGAGACCAUUAACGUGGAAAAGCUGAAUUUGUUGCGUUUGGCUCCGGGAGGACAUGUCGGGCGGUUUGUCAUCUGGACUGAGAGUGCGUUCAGAAAAUUGGAUGAGUUGUACGGCACCUGGAAGACUGAGUCCAAACUCAAGAGACACUACAAUCUCCCGCAGCCGAAGAUGUCUAACACAGACCUCUCGAGGAUUCUCAAGAGCGACGAAAUCCAGAAGGCUUUGAGACCGAGAAAGACAACAAUCCUCCGAAGUGUGGUUAAGAGGAAUCCGCUGAAGAACCCGUUGGUUAUGCGUAGACUGAAUCCUUACGCAGCGGUUCUCAAGAAGUAUUCGCGAACCGAUAACGAGCGCCGAAGAGCCGCCCGACAGGUGCUGCUGAAGAAGCGUAAGGGAGAGAAAGUGGAUGAGAAGGAGCUGAAGAAGGCUGGUCUGGCGCUGGGCAUCAAAAUUAGGAAAUAUAAGGCCUAUAAGGUAGAGAUCGCUAAGAAAAAGGCUACCCUUAAGAGCAUCCGCGACACUGUGGCCGCAAACCGAGCAAAAAAGGCCCAAAAGACGAAAAAGUAA